AUGCUGUCUGUCUCAAUCUCUAUUCAAUCCCCAAAAGACUGUCUCCAAGAGCUUCCAACACCUAAUAACAAAUUUCGCAUCCAAAAGCCUUCUAUUACUACUUCCCUCGUGGAUGUGACUCAAGUCUUGGAAAAGAGGAACGAUUUGCCAUGCCGCAUUUUAUUCAAAAAUGAGUUUGAGCAACCUUCUGGUAGCUUUAAGCUUCGUGGCAUAGGAAGAUUGAUUCAGAAAUCACUCCAAGAUGCUGCUAAACAGACUUCUUCUUCAAUACAUGUUUUUGCAUCCAGUGGCGGCAAUGCUGGUCUUGCGGCAGCAUAUGCCUCCAACUUCUACAACGUCCAAUGCACCGUCGUUGUGCCUGUGAACUCAAUGCCACAUGUUGUCGAGAAACUUAAAUCAUUCGGGAGUAGGGUGGUGUUAUUUGGAAAUUCUAUUGGUGAAGCAGACAUACAUGCGCGUCAAUUGAUGGCUUCAUGCGACAAAGAGACACAUACUAUUUAUUGUCAUCCAUUCGACAACCCUUUGAUUUGGCAAGGCCACUCAGAAAUUAUGGAUGAGGUUUUUUCCCAGCUAGAAGAAUCAGACUUUAAAAAGGUCAAAGGUGUAGCAUGCUCUGUGGGUGGCGGAGGCCUUUAUAAUGGUAUUAUGACGGGCUUAAAACUGAACAAAUCCACGGCCGAAUGUCUUUUGGUAGAAACCAAACAGGCCCCCACACUUACCAAGGCAGUCGAGAAAGGAUCUGUUGUAAAACUUGACUCAGUUAAGUCUUUAGCUACUUCCCUUGCUUGCUCAUAUGUUUCGCAGCCCACUCUUGAGCUUUUCCAGGAUCAGUCUGUGAACAAAAGUCAUCUUACAACUGUGGAUGAUUUUGAUGCUAUAAAGGCAGCCAUUUCUUAUUACAAUGAUUUUGGUACUCUAGUGGAACCCGCAUGUGGUGCUGCUAUGACGGUCGUCUACAAUCACCUUUCAUUCUUGACGAACUCUCUUCAUCAGUUGAGCAAAGAUGACAUAGUCGUUGUCAUUGUCUGUGGUGGCUCAUGCACCAAUGAGGAGGUCUUGGCAGGCUACCGCAAAAUGAUUAGAGAGAGCAACUUGUAA